CGUACUGUCUGGCGGCUGUCUCCCGACUGUCAAGAUGGCGGCCCCCAGGAGUUGCGCUCUAUGGGGCAACUGCGGCCGUGGGUGGUCGCGGUUGAUGCGGAGCUGCGGGCUACCCGGGCUACGUAGCUCCUGGCCCGGGAGCCCGCUGGGUGCGCGGCUCUUGUCCCAAGAGAAGCGGGCAUCGGAAACGCACUUCGGGUUUGAGACUGUGUCGGAGGAAGAGAAGGGGGGCAAAGUCUAUCAGGUGUUUGAAAGUGUGGCCAAGAACUAUGAUGUGAUGAAUGAUAUGAUGAGCCUUGGUAUCCAUCGUAUUUGGAAGGAUUUGCUACUCUGGAAAAUGCACCCGUUUCCUGGGACCCAGCUCCUCGAUGUUGCUGGAGGCACAGGUGACAUUGCAUUCCGGUUCCUUAAUUACGUUCAGGCACAGCAUCGGGGAAGGCAGAAGAGGCAGUUAAGGGCCCGGCAAAACCUAUCCUGGGAAGAAAUCGCCCGACAGUACCAGAAUGAAGAGGAUUCCUUGGGCGGCUCCCACGUCAUGGUCUGUGACAUCAACAAGGAGAUGCUGAAGGUUGGGAAGCAGAAAGCCCAGGCUCAAGGAUACAAAACUGGACUCGCUUGGGUAUUGGGAGAUGCUGAAGAACUGCCCUUUGAUGACGACAAGUUUGACGUUUACACCAUUGCCUUUGGGAUCCGGAACGUAACACACGUCGACCGGGCCCUGCAGGAAGCCCAUCGGGUCCUGAAACCAGGAGGACGGUUUCUCUGCCUGGAGUUUAGCCAAGUCAACAAUCCCCUUGUGUCCAGGCUUUAUGAUCUCUACAGCUUCCAGGUCAUUCCUGUCCUGGGAGAAGUGAUCGCAGGAGACUGGAAGUCCUACCAGUACCUUGUGGAGAGUAUUCGACGGUUCCCGUGUCAGGAGGAGUUCAAGGAGAUGAUAGAAGAUGCAGGCUUUCAGAAGGUGACGUAUGAAAGUCUAACGUCGGGCAUCGUGGCCAUUCAUUCUGGCUUCAAACUCUAACCCCUGUCCAGUCCCGGAGCGGGAACCACUCACAGCCUGUCGGGAGGCUGCAGCGGAAGGAGAAUCCGGCUGGUGAGACCAGCAACAGAACGUCCCCUCCUAAGGAUACGUGCCUUGGACUCGUUUCUGAUACGACCAAUCUCCCAAAGUGGAAGAAACAAAUUGCUGUCACUUUAUUUCACCUUUUGUCAGGAACCGCUUCAGGCCUUCUCCCUGGGGUCUUAUUGUGUCUGUAUUUUUUUGCCCAGUUCCUGCUAUUUUUUCCCCAGCUGUGCAGUGUGUGGUGUGGGUGAAACCAGCGCUAAGGCGGUUUUGAAGCGUGUUUGUAGUUUCUCUGCUGGUGCUGACUCCCAGAGGGACAAUGAAUCAUUGGGAUCUAAUGAUUUGAACUGGAAACCUUCCGAACUGUACCCGAGUCAACCUUGCACCCUAGGACUGGUUGAAGGCCAAGAGCCAAGGCCCAUCAGAGGGCUAACGAUCGCAGCCAGAAUCAUGUGUUGAACCACUAAAUGAGUUUACAGUUUGUUUGGUAUUUGUGAUUUAUUUCUUCUUGAGGGAAAUGCAUUUGUCGUCACUCACUCAGUGCUCUUCUUUCUACCAAAGCCACUGUUGUGCCCUCCUCCAUGCCUGUCGUGAAGAAAGCAACUCAACAGCUCCUUGAAAGAAUAACUGUACCAGCAGACUCCCGAGUUUAAGUCUCAUAUAAAGAGCUUCUUUGUCAGAACACAUUUGAAGAAAGGCUUUUACAGCAAAAAAGUUUGAAAACUAUUUAGCCUAACCUCCUCCAGUCCUCGGGCUCUUAUAUGCUUAAUACAGUAAUUGGUGUUAAAAUGAGGCAUGUUUUGAAUGUGGAUAGAGCUUAAGGUUUUUGUGGGGCCUUGCUAAGUAUGAACUUGCAGAAGCCAACCAGUUGCCUGGCAGUGUGUUCAUUGUAGAUUAGCUUAGGACAGAGCUAUUUGAAAAGGCUCCUGGUAUGCCGUCUCUUUUCCCAGCACAGUAGGGUCAUUUAUGUACCUUCACUCGUAAGAUCUUGCCCUGUCCCUGGUGAGCGUUCAGAUACAGGGAUCUAUAUGCAACUGUCUGAAAGACAGCAACCAGGAGCAUUUAAUACAAUGCUAAACCUUAGAAAGACUUCAGCUUACUUUUUUUUUUUCCCAGCUAGCUGGAGCCUAUGGGCCUCUGACAUGAACAAGGAGCAGGCACUGGAAGGAACUUUGUAAACCAUCAACCCAGUUUUAUCUUCACAGCAAUGUGGUUUCCUCACAUUUGAAUCAAAAAAUAAAUUAAAAGCUGCCACUUCCUGGCAGUAGAUAAGGGCCUAAUCAAGUCAGAACCCCCAAUGUCCAGCUGCUGGUAUUUACAUGAGCAGAUUGAAAAUGUUCCCGGUCCUAAAAUAGCUCAACUUCACUAGGACUCCUAAAACCCCAAGUACCAGUGAAGGAAAACAAUCUUCCAAAGAUGUUACAGACCCACUGCUGCUCUUAGAUGGAGUAUCACCUAUCAAUCAACUCUACCACCCCUUCUAGGUAGCAGUAACCUGGCUGCUCAGAAAUCCUAGUUGUAGCUCACAAGGCCAAGAGCUAAAACAAAAAUCCGUACUUCGUGGAAAUACUGAGCAUACGGUAACUGGGAAGCAGGCCCUCUCACAACUUCCCAAGAUGGCUGUGGACUGUUUCAGCCUCUGGAGUAUUUCCUUUCUACCUGUGAGACAAGUCUGCCGUACUUGUCUUAAAAGACUUGUCUUCCUAAAAUUGAUAGCAGGAAACCUUUAAUGAAGACUACUUAACCAGCUUUAAUUGGGUCUUUUAGUGACAGCCUCAAUUCACAUUUGUUAAUUGGGUUUCUGACUGCAGCCACAGCACAGCACAGCAGGCUCACACAUUUCAAUUCCUGCAAAGACUUCCUAAGAAUCACGUGGAGGGCUGCUGCUCAUCUCUCCGUUUAAAACCACCUUUCCUCUUUUGGGGCCUGGCAAGGGACUGCCAUUUCAGUGUUAUUUCCAUUCCACGGCCAUAGAGAGCUAAUCUAAAGGAGUUCUAAAACACAUUCAUCACCACGACCACUUGAGGCCUAACGCCCAGAACAUUCUACAGCAACAUCUUUUAAUGAGCACUUAAGGACAACCGCAUUGACCAGGUUAGGUGUAAGUCUUAAUCCAGAAAUUUCUGCCAUGCACUUCUGAGUCUUCUUCUGCCAUUCAUGACAGUUGCAGAUGGGUUGAGAAUGACAGACUUAAGAGUACUGAGGUGAGUGUACCAUAUCCCCCAGAAGCUUACUUCAGGGACUCACCCCCACUAACCUAACUGGCUAUGGACCACCUUCAGCAACCUGAGAUUAGUUGAACAAAUUGUAAC